CUGCAAAUAAGGCUGAGGCUGCUGCCUGAUUGGUAUAUCAUCUCACUUUCUCUCAGCAUUGAUUUUCUUGCUCUCCUUAUUUGCUUCAUAAAAAGAGAGACGAGGAGCUGGUGCUUGUUCCCUCCCUCCCUCCCUCUCUCUCUCCCUCUCCACUGUGAGAAGCUUUUGGGAGCCUUUAUUUUUAGUAUGAGACAAACCUUGCUUUAUUUCAGGAGACGCAAGUUGGAUUAUAAACCCUUUUGUAAAUGUGUAUGGUGAUAUUUGCUCCGCUUUUUGCAAUCUUUGCAUUUGCAACAUGCGGUGGGUACUCUGGAGGACUGCGCCUCAGUGUGGACUGUGCAAACAAGUCAGAGAGUGACCUCAACAUUGACAUAGCCUUUGCCUACCCGUUCAGGUUGCAUCAAGUGAAUUUCGAUGCUCCCACUUGUGAAGGCAAGCGCCGAGAAACGCUCUCCUUGAUAGGGGACUUCUCCUCAUCAGCAGAGUUCUUUGUCACCAUUGCAGUCUUCGCCUUCCUCUACUCGCUGGCUGCCACCGUGGUUUAUAUCUUCUUCCAGAACAAGUACCGUGAAAACAACAGGGGACCUCUAAUUGAUUUCAUUGUGACAGUGGUCUUCUCCUUCUUGUGGCUGGUGGGCUCAUCUGCUUGGGCUAAAGGACUGUCCGAUGUAAAGAUUGCCACCGACCCAGACGAAGUGCUCUUGCUGAUGUCAGCCUGCAAACAGCAGUCCAACAAAUGCUUGCCCGUUCGCAGUCCUGUUAUGUCAAGCCUGAACACUUCUGUUGUCUUUGGAUUCUUGAACUUUAUCCUCUGGGCAGGCAACAUUUGGUUUGUGUUUAAGGAGACGGGCUGGCAUUCCUCGGGCCAGCGGCACGCCGCAGACACCAUGGAGAAGCAGUCCAGUGGCUACAACCAGGGCGGCUACAACCAGGACAGCUACGGGCCAGCUGGGGGCUACAACCAGCCAGGCUCCUACGGGCAGGUGGGUGACUACGGCCAGCCCCAGAGCUACGGCCAGAGUGGGCCAACAUCCUUCUCUAAUCAGAUUUAAGGUUCACGUGGUGUGAGCUCUUACAUCCCUCACACAUAGAGCAUUUAGCAGGUCUCAAGUUUCCGUGGCACCAGGUUUUUAAGGGUUUUACACAAAUUAAUACUACGACGCAGCGUUCAAUGUCGGUUGACGAUCUAAUUCUACCUCCUGAGGUGGAUGGGAGGUGGCCCGUGGCUGGAGCUGGCAUGUUGAGCCCCUGAUAGGCAUAUACAGGGGUGUGUGCAUCACAGGUGGUGACCUGGAGUCCGUGUUGUAGUGCGUACUGUAGAGAUAACUUUAUGGUAGUUUUGUAUGUGUUAAGA